AUGAUGCGCAUAUAUUCUCUUCUCCUGAUCUCUGCGGGACUACUCGUUGUUGCGGUAGCGGACACUGGCGUUGCUCCCCACGGCCUCGCGCCCAAACGGUUUCUAAACCUGCCCCUCGGACAUGUGAAGCCUGGUGGCUACCUGGAAAAUGUUCUCAUUCCAUCCACGAAUAUGGGCACCAAGUUAGGGAAAGCUGAAGGAUUCUACGAUUAUCUAUCCCGCGCGGAUACAGAGUGGAUCGCGAGACCGACGGAUGUCUACACUCUCGAAGGAGCUGGGAGCCACUGGUUCAACGACAUUAUCACCAUCGCCGGAAUUUCAGAGAACGAGAUUCUGCAAUCACAGGCGGAGCAGUUCCUCGACUAUUUCCUUGACACUCAAGACGCAGACGGCUGGCUGGGCCCGGAGGUCACUACGGGAAGGCCGCGUCGGCUGUCUGGAAGACUCCCGUUCCUCCUGGGGGCGAUGCGUGUCGCGGACGCUCAGCCCGCUCGUACAGAUCGAAUUGUGACUGGUUUGCAUAGGUUCGUUGCGCUUGUGCAUGACAUGCUACGUCGGGGAGAGGGAUUGGAGGACGAUGCAUGGGCGUACGCUGGGGACUUGCUGAUAGUGCUUCAGUGGCUCUAUGAGUUCCAUCCGAACAGAAACGAAGACACCCUCGUUGAGACGAUGCGCAUACUCUCGCGGACUGGAGACCACUGGACGAGCGUCUUCGAAGAGGAGAAAUUUCCAACAGUAGACCCGCAGCAACAAUGGCAACUCCCCGACGCUGGGACACACUGGCGUGGGAUGAACGCGGCAAAGACGCUCACGACUCUCGGCGCCAGGUAUCGUCUCAGCAACGACGGCUCCGAUGAUGCCACGUGGGACUCCAUAUUCAAAACUGACGCAGAACGACUUGGCCCAUUUGAGCCCACGAAGCACGCCGCUCACCGGGCGCAUCGCAACAUGGCACACACACAUUUCACCACAGAAACCAUACGCUCCGCUCACUACUUGUACCAGAUCACCGGAGACAUCAAGUACUUGGAGAGCAUCGAUCGUCUCGCGCACGCAGCCAUGCCGGCCCCUAUACACGGCGGCUGGGGGACAGUCAGCAGCCUCGCGUUGUGCAGAGAAGCGUUCACCCCAGACGGGCCAUACCACGAGUACGGGGGAUACUUGAAUAACCCGACAUGCCGUGCCGUCCGAUACCCCGAAGGAGGGUUUGACCUUGUCUACGAGGCGUUCCUCUACACAGCGGACCGGAAAUCCCUUGUCCAAGCCCUGCUCGGACCCUUGACCGUGAAUACAACGCUAGCUGAAGACAACGAGGCCGUGAUCACUAUGAACUCAAGCUAUCCCUUUGGCUGGGAUACCCUCACCAAGGCAGUCAUAGUCGCACAGAAGGCCUUCGUGUACUACGUGCGCAUCCCCAGCUGGUCUGCCGGCGCCACAAUCUCCAUCAACGGGAGCUCUUUUGACCCCUGCAAACCGGUCAACGGGCUGCACGCCAUCCGCAUCGAGCCAGGGACGACCAACGUCACGCUCGAUCUUCCCUUGGAACUCGUCGCAGAUCAGCCGCGCCCGGGACAUGUCACGAUACGCCGAGGCCCAGUGAUCUACGCCUUCGCCGCGUGGUAUCCGUUCAGCGAGCAAGACGCGCACCGAGGAGUGCAUUAUGCGAUAGACCCGUCGACCCUGUCCCCCAGCAUCACGCCCCUGUCAUACAACAACUACCUGUGGCGUGAAGCGGGCCAUACGAUCACCGUCGUGGCUUGUCCAAUCGCAACCUCGAAGGUCGAUAACGAAAUCUUCGCUCCGGGUGACGGUUCUGUGACCUGCAUAGGCCCAGUGAGGAACCUGACACUCGUGCCCUCCACUGAUUGGUACAUCCGUAGGCACGCGGUAAAGGAGUUCCCGACAUUUCAUCUCUCCGAUCUACUAUAACUGGG